GAAGUAUUCUAGCCUCCCUGAUGAGCCCCUUCCCGUCUUCUCAAUGAGAUUUGUGUGGCAGUGAAAGUGAUAGCUUGAAUGUCCGUGCUCUAGGAUCGUCAUUAUUGUGCGCUCAGCUUGUCUUCGAUUCCGCAUCAUCCACCCAUCGGAUUCUAGCGAUCCUUCGUCAUCCUCCCAUCAACUCGGCCGGCGCCUUCAUCGUGCCCGCCCCUCGUCGCGACUCAUCCUGAGGCGUGUCAGCACCCGCCCCCACCCUCGUCACGACCUCCCGCCUCGUGGGCUAGACCUGCGGGACCGUGCCCGCUGCCACCAUUUUGUCUUCGUGGCUGCCUGUGAAAGGCCCCACCCCCACGCUUUGGAGCGAAUGCCAGUCCCUUUGGACCGGUCUGACCAAGACGCCCCCGCCAAAGUCGUAUAUGACGGCUUCAUACUUCAAGACAGGACUACCGGCCAUCUCGUCAAGAUCCAUCUCCCAAGGUGUGCCCUCAGUGCAGUUGUUGUGGCGCCCAGCUCCCAACAAUUGGCCUGUUGUCAAUCUCAACAACGAGUUCGAGCGAGAUCUCCACAAUUUCGCUCCUUCUCAUCCUCAGAGGUCUUCGCCAACAGGCGCUUCGUCCUCAGCUCAUCUGAUUCCAUCAGUUGAGCCAAGGAGGCUGUCGACCCGACCAUCCCGACGAAGAACACUCCACGUCCCAAGAGCAUCAUCGGGCCUGAGUUAUUGUUCAACCUCCUCUCCUUCCUCCUCACCAUCACCCAACUCAUCCUCCAUCCUCCUCGCUGCAUUUCGACAAUUCCAACACCCUCAACAUUGUCCCCGUGAUAAAAGGCUCAGCUCUUCAACCUGUGUUAACCAGCACAACAGCCACCAGCAUCCCUGUCAGAAGCAUUUCCACCUUCGCCAAGUUGCCGUCAAGUGCGUGCGCGAACUUGACCUGAACGUCAACACAGAGGACAGAUCGUUACUCCAGCGUCAAACGAAGAAUCAACAUCGCAAAUUGGCGCCUAAUCGAAGCUGUGGUUAACGGGUGUUUUUUUGGGUUUGAAGCUUUUUUAAGGGCCCUUUUCCCUCCCGUGGAACUAGUUGUCUCUCUCUCUCUCUCUAUCGCCAUCAUUCUUGAAGAUAUCAAAUCCUAUUUAUUCACCAGAUCGAUACAUACCCCCACUUCUCCCUUGGAUAUCUAUUUUGUCAUACCCUUGUUAUUUUUUUCUAAAACAAAUUCUGGAGAGCCAGUCUCCUGCCUUCCUUCCCAUUGAAAACAAAAGUCAAACCAAAUCGUUCGAGCUCGAACUUGAAGGGCGAAAGCAAAAAAGAAUUUCAUUCGAGAACAAGAAAAAAGAAGGCUGUGAACGACAGACAUCAGACGACAACAACAACCACAACAACAACAUCAACACUUAUCAAGAGCAUUGUUUUGACUCGCUACCGUCAUGGCUUUGAACGUCAACCGGAAUGUGCAAGAUCCCUUUUACAGGUACAAGAUGCCUCGUCUCGUGGCGAAGGUCGAAGGUAAAGGCAAUGGUGUGAAGACUGUCAUCCCCAAUAUGGUGGAUAUCGCCCGAGCCUUGGCCAGGCCUCCUACUUAUUGUACCAAGUACUUUGGUUGUGAGUUGGGAGCUCAGACUCAAUUCGAUUUCAAGAACGACCGCUACAUCAUCAAUGGCUCGCAUGAUGCGGCCAAGCUUCAGGACAUGCUCGAUGGGUUCAUCAAGAAGUUCGUCCUUUGCGAGCAGUGCGAUAAUCCGGAGACCGUGUUCAAGGUCCAGGCCAAGAAAGGCAUGAUCGCGUCGAGUUGUCUCGCUUGUGGAUACGUCUUCCCCUUGGACAUGACCCACAAACUCACCACGUUCAUCUUGAAGAAUCCCCCGGAGCAAGACAUCAACUCCCAAGGCACUUCUCUCACCAAGAGGAAGGGCAAGAAAGGCCGCAAGAAGGAUGAGGAGAACAACGGCGACGAUCACGUCAACGGCAAUGGAAACGGCAAUGGAACCAUCGAGGAAGCGGCCGACGAUAACGAGGCCAAUGACGACGAUGAUUGGGGCGAUGAUGACGAUUGGUCGGCGGAUGUGAGUGAGGAGGCUGUCAAGAAGAGAAUGAAAGAGCUCACCUCCGGCAUCACCACCCUGGCCAUGGACAACGACUUGGAGAAGACCGAGGGCGAGCGGAUCGACAUCUUCCACGACUUCCUCAAGACCAAGUUGAAGGAGAACGGCAACUCGGUCAUCACUCAGGACAAGGAGAUCUUCACCGAGGCUGAGCGUUUGGAAGUGACUAACAAGGCUACGAUCGUCUUGUGCGAAUUGCUCUUCAAUGAGAACAUCCUCGGACAGAUCAAGAAGAACAAACGGGCCUUGCUCCGAUUCACCCACGAGAAUCAGAAGGCCCAGAAGUACCUCUUGGGAGGCUUGGAGAAGACCAUCGAGACCCAGAGAGAGGCCCUCCUGCCUAAGACGGCCGCCAUCUUGAAGCUCAUGUACGACGAGGACAUCAUCGACGAGGAGGUCCUCCUGGAAUGGGCCAAGAAGGUGAGCAAGAAGUAUGUGAGCAAGGAGCUUUCAGAGCAGAUCCACAAGAAGGCCGAACCCUUGAUCACUUGGCUGAAAGAGGCCGAGGAAGAGAGUAGCGAUGAAGACGAGGACGAAUUGGAACUGGAAUUCGAUGAGCGAGCCAAGAUCUCCUCCCUCAAGGAAAAGGAGGACACCCCGCCCCCCACGCCCAUCUCUGAAUUGGGCAAGCAGGUGAACGGAACCAAUGGGAAAACGCCCGCCGUUGCCCCUGCCGCCCCCGCUGAAGAUGAGGAUGAUUUGGACAUUGAUGACAUCUAAAGCAGGAUGAAGUGAACAUGGAAACGAAAAUAAGACACUUUUAUGAUUUGAAAAUACAGCAUUCAAUGUAAUUUCUCCUUCACACUUUUAACCAUUGGCUACCCGCUUUUUCUGUCCAGCGUUCUUGUUCGAUCUUCAAUGUUUUCUCUUGAUGUCAAGGAUCGAUGACAAUAAAAUACGUACUACAGACAACCACCCACACACACACACAGACACAGACACACACACACAUACACACUAACCAAUUCGGACAAAACAACUUACAAAAUCAAGUCAAGUCACGUCGUAUUAGUGUUUGUAGUUCAUUGUAUCAUCUAGACAACCAAAACAAACCAUCACCAUCAAGCAUUGCAAAACGGAAAAUAAACUCUAUUCUCCAUAA